AAGAUUUAGUUCUGCUAGGUUCAACUUUUUAGGCCCUCUUUCGUGCGUGUCCAGAAAAGGAUAACUUUCCAAGAUGACGCGCUACUCCCAAGAACCGGAGAAUUCUGCAAAGUCCUGCAAGGCAAGGGGCUCCUACCUUCGUGUUCACUUCAAGAACACCCGCGAGACCGCUCAGGCCAUCAAGCACAUGCAUGUCCGCAAGGCCAUCCGCUUCCUGAAGGAUGUAACCAACAAGAAGCAGUGCGUUCCCUUCCGCAGGUUCAAUGCCUGCAUUGGACGCAAGGCCCAGGCUAAGGCAUGGAACCACACCCAAGGUCGCUGGCCCAAGAAGAGUGCCGAGUUCCUUCUUCAGCUCCUGAAGAAUGCUGAGAGCAACGCAGAGUACAAGGGUCUCGAUGUCGACUCCCUUGUCAUCGAUCACAUCCAAGUCAACGCUGCCCCCAAGAUGAGGAGGAGGACAUACCGUGCCCAUGGUCGUAUCAAUCCUUACAUGAGUUCUCCAUGCCACAUUGAGCUGAUCCUUACCGAGCGUGAACAGGUGGUUCCCAAGCCAGAGGAAGAGGAGGAGGCCAAGAAGAAGGUCUCCAAAAAGAAGCUUGCCAAGCAGAAGAUGAUGGCUAGAGAUUAGACCAACACAACACUAAUGACUAUCACCAACAUCCGCAAUAGCAGCAAGAACUCUCUCUCGGCUAGUCCCUAUUCAAUCUCAUAGGGAAGUGAUCAUCAAGGCAGAAACUCAAAAGGCACAUUCUCCCGGUUACAUGUUGAAUAUAUUCAGGUGUUCAAUGUGUGAGACAAUAAAUACAUCCAAUGUACAAUAAUCAAAA